UAUUGUUUUAUGAAAGGUCCACUGGACAAUAAAGGAGAAAAAAGGAUUAAGCGGUGAUAAUCCUGAGAGAUAUCUUCUCGCAGACAUACCUAGUACAUUGAAAUCAAUGGAGGCACUUUGUUAUUAAGGUAGGGUUCUAGCAAUAGGUGUAAGCAAUUUUCCUUUGAAUAAACUAGAUGACCGGCCUUCUGAAAGUUGCUUGUGUUCCUCCUGCUGUAAACCAAGUGGACUGUCAUCCUAUGUGGCAACAAACAAAGCUGCAUGAAUUUUGUAGAUCAAAGAGCUGAGCACUGUUACUAAACUUGUUGUUCCACAGGGAUAUUCACCAUUAGGUUCACAAUCUUCUGAAGCAAACAAAAAACAGCUUAUUACCAUCCUAUUCUCAACAUGGUUGUAGAGGAACUUUAUUAGUCAAUACUUUUUGCUAGAAUUUUUAUUUUUAAGUAAACAGACGUUUAGUAAAAGUAAAUUAAGUAUCUUUAAAAGUAAAAGUAAAUUAAUAUACAUUGGUAUAACAAGUGAACAAGGACGUUUUUGCAGUGCAAUAAUCCAAAUAUAUGAAUUCUCAUAAAGUAAACUAAGUAUCUAUAAAUGUAAAUUAAACCUUCCUAAAAGUAAACCUUAAUUAAGGAUAGUUCUGUGCUGGUGAAACAGAUUCAGGUUACAUCUUAUUUGAGGUGCUUGCAGGCUCCUAAACUCAGAGGAUAAGUGCCUUAAUGUUGUGGUUCUUGUUUCUGUUUUGUCUAUGCUACAUAGUGCAACUUGUAUUUUGGUUUGCUGGCUAGUUUUUAUUAUUAUGGUUUCAGCUUUUUGGCAGCAUUUUUGAGUUGGCUUGGUUUGAUUGUAGUUCUGGUCGUGGGAGCUUGGAAUGCAGUCUUCUCUGCUGUUUUUUUAGUGUUGCUUAUCUGCAAAUUUUUGUUGCCCUGCCGGUGAUUUUAGAACACCUGUUUAGGUCAGUUUUAUUUGUGGUAGGUUUGUAGGAUUUUGUUUGUUUGCUUUUCUAAGUAACUGAAAAUAUUAUAAAGUAAUUUAAAAAAUCUAAAGAGUACAUAAUAUAAACUCAAAAGUAAACACAAUUUCUUUUAAAAGUAAACAAACCUAUUAUUUCAAAUGGUAGAGCAAUGUGUCAUUGCACAUGGAUGUAGGUUUGAAUCCUACAUAGGUUGAUGAGAACACAUGUAUUUGUAGGGAUGAAUUCGGAUGUUCCUGAUAUUAGUCAUUCAUUUGCAUUUGCUAAAAAAUUCCAUGUUGCAUAGGUUCAUAGAGGUAAGUUGUGUGAAAUGGAGUCACUCAUUAAGUAUUUUUCUUCCCCUAUGUGAAAAAGUAGAUCAAAAUGACGUAUUUAGCUUUUUAAUUGUGAUCCAAAACUUUCACUUGAUAUGCCUUUUGUGAGGAUAUUUAAUCUUUUUGUCUAAAAUAGAUUACAUAAAUUUUCUUUUAUUCAAUCGAAAAGUAGAUCGAAACCUCGUAAAAGUAAAUAAAAGUGAUUCAAAAGUAAAUGAUCAACAUCAACCAAUAGGUAGUAGAUACGUAGUAGAAGUAAUCGGAUAAGAAAGAAUUAUUUGAAUUAAAACGGUCAAGUAAAGGUUUUUAAACUAAAAGUAAAUAAAUUUAUACAAAAAGUAAAUGAAUAAAUACCAAAAGUAAAGAUGAACAUACGUGUGAUUCGAACCCACAUCUUUUGCACAAAGCUCUACGCCUCUACCUGUUGAGCUAGUAGGCUAGUGUUACUUAAAGAUAGAGUAGGAGUGAAAAGAAUACACUCAUAUGUUUUACCUUUUGUUCAAUUUAAAGUAGAUAAAGAACCCGUAAUAGUAAAUAGAAUCAAUUCAUAAGUAAAGAUCAUCAAAUAGCACAUAAAUGAGUAUCUUUGUCAUUUCAUUGAACAACCCCUAUGUCAACUCCAAAAGAACCCAACAACUCUUUAACUAGCUUCAAGGUGAAGGAAAAAUUCCAAAGUAAUUCGACAAACACAAGAAAUAAAUAGGAUUUUUUGCUAAAAAGGACCUUUUAUAAGCAUUUCUUUGCGAGAAAGGACCUUUUAUGUCAAAAUUGGUGAGAUGGGACCAAAAACACAACUUUUUUUGUCAAGUGGGACCUUUAGCCGGAUUCUUGGAGUCAACUCUCUUUUCUGGCAUUGACUUCGACACGUGGCAACCGGUAACCGCCACGUGUCACACUAUUUUAAAAAAAAAAAAAAAAAAUUAAAAUUUAAUUUUUUUUUCCAUUUAAUUUCCCAUUUUUUUUCCCUCCAAAACCACCGAAAAUACUGAAAUUUUUUGACCUAAACAAAUAAAAUCGGGAUUCUCUCUCCUCUGCUCCUUCAACCUCUUCGUCCUCCUCCAUUAAUGCUGGGAAGGUGAACAAUCAUCAAAUUCGCAAUAAGUGCAACACAUCCAACGUCACAGAAGAGUCGUGGAAAAGGCAAAAAGAAGGACGAAAGAGAAAAUGUCAUAUUUACUUUAAGGACAAUAAUUAAACACAGGUUUAACGGUAGGAUACCGGUAGAAUAUCCGGUUUAUAAAUUAAUGGAACCGAUUAAUAUUAGGUUGUAUCACGGGGGUCGGUUUGUUACUAGGAAUGGUAAAACUACGUACGAGAAAGGGGAUAGUGACAAAUAUGGGAUGUCAUUGCAUCCUAAUGUUAGUGAAGUGUGCUACUUUGAGUUUGUUGGUUGGGUGAAAGGGGAUUUGGGUUAUGGAGAGGCUGGUCAGUUUUGGUAUAGGGAGCAUGGACAUACCUUGUUUAGUAGUAGGAAAGAGCUUAAGGACGACAACGACAUUCCUGAUUUUUUGUUUUCUAAGGAAAUAGAUGGGUGGUACCAUUUAUAUGUUGUGCAUGGGCCACCAACACCCAAGGUCACUAGGUAUGGACCAAACUUUAUGGGAGUGUAUACUGAUUCAGAAUCUGAUGGGGGGUCCACAUUGGGUAGCUUUAUGAGUGAUUCAAAUGUAGGUGGGGAGUCAUCACAAAUGAGUUCUGCCAAUAAUGAGAGUGGUGAGUCAUCAAACCCUAAUUCCUCAAACAACAAAACACACUCCUCACAACCUCCACUCACACACUCAGCUGCAUUGCCUCCCUCUCAAAAAAACACUGCUGCUGUCACUCCCCCUACACAAACAAAACCAGAUUCUGUGAACAACAACAACAAAACUUCAAAUCCCAGCUCACUAAACACAGUUAACAACCCAGUCAAACCCCUUGUUUCCCUUGAACCUAUACUUGAGCAGGAGGAGUGUGAGGUUCAGGAAGAGGUUCAGGAAGAGCAUGGAGAGCAGAGUGAAGGAGACAGUGAGGUUGACAGUGAUGUUGUGUUGAGUGAAGGUGAUUAUGAGGAUGACAGUGAUGAUGAUUUGUUCACUGAAAAUGUGGAUCUUGAUGUAUCUGAUAUAGUAGCUAGCAGUUUAGAGGGGGUUCAUAUUCACAGUUCUAAUAUUGAUGUUGGGGAUGGUUUGGAUGCUGGAAUAAAUUUGGGUGAGGAUGCAGACUUGAAUGAUGGCAGUGAGGAUGAGGUGUUGAGUGUAGAUGGGAGUGAGGAUGAAGAGGUAAGCUACCAUGUGUUCAACCCUAGAACAGACUUCAAGAUUGGGAUUAAGUUGAGUGUUGGUCUUAAAUUCCCAUCUAGGAAAACAUUUAGGAAAGCUUUAAGGAAUCAUGCCAUUGAGAACGGAUACAAUUACUAUUUUUUGCACAACAAAAGUCAUAGGAUCACUGUUUAUUGUGCUAAUAGGUGUGAUUGUGAGUGGAAAAAUGCUAAGAGGGUAAAAUGCACUUGUGAUGCUAAAAGAAAGUGCAAUUACAAGGUCCAUUGUAGGAAGGUCAAAGGUGAGGAGACAUUUCAGAUUAAGAGUUUAAGGUUAAGACAUGUGUGUGGGCAUCAACAUGACAACCCUAAGGUGAGUUCUGAGUACUUGGCUGAAAGGUACCUUGAGGAUUGGAGGGAUGACUCAUCCACAAAGAUGGAUUCAUUCAUUAAAAGGGUAAGGAGGGAGGUACAAUCUGAGGUUGGAUAUUACAAGUGCUAUUAUGCAAAGAAAUUGAGCUUGAAAAUGAUUUAUGGGGAUGCUGCAGAGGAGUACAAAAGGGUUUGGGAGUAUGUUGGUGCAAUUAGGAAGCACAUCCUAGGUAGUACAGCAGUAGUGAAGCUUGAAGGCAUUGAGAACAACACUCCCAUGUUUCAGAGAAUGUACAUUUGCCUUCAACCUUGCAAAGAAGGCUUCAUGGGUGGUUGUAGGCCUAUCCUAGGAGUUGAUGGCUGCCAUUUGAGAGGACCAUAUCCAGGAAUCUUGCUAACUGCUGUUGGGAAAGAUGGCAACAACAACAUCUUUCCAGUAGCAUGGGCUGUGGUAGAAACUGAAGAUAGAGACACAUGGACUUGGUUCCUUGAGCUACUUGUGAAGGAUAUUGAAUCUGUGAAGGAUGCUGUGACAUGGGUGCAUGAAAGAGAGGAAGCAAUUGGUGAUGUUAAUGGUGAUGUUACUUACAUGUCAGAUAGGUAGAAGGGGUUGCUUGAAGCUUUCAGGACUGUUGUUCCAAAUGCAGACACAAGGUACUGCUGCAGACAUAUAUGGGCAAACUUUAAGUUGAAGUUCCCAGGGGAGGCAUACAGAGAGAGCUUUUGGAAAGC